UCGACUGUCAAUUGAAUGUCUAUAUUGGACGACAACUUGGAUUGACACAAGACACGAGUUUUUCCGACCUAAAUAAUGGUUUGCUGUUACUCUUGAACACGCUCUAACAAAAUAGUUGCUGAAUUAGGAAUGCAAUGCUCCUUUUCAACAGCAGAAGCUAGUUGUUCACCCUAAAAAAAAUUUUUUUAGUUGGUUGAAGUUACUUUUUUUCCGCUUGACACCCAAGCAACUUGUUGUUGGUGGCUAACUAGUUAGCGCGUGUUUUUUAUUUAUUUAUAAAGCGGUUUUACAGCUUCUUAUGCUAGCUAACUGACCAAGCCAUCUAGGUAACGUUAAAGACAUGGGAUUACACCCGUUGGAGUUUAGCGAAUGCUACCUGGACAGUCCCGUUUUCAGGGAGAAAAUAAAGUCACACGAGGCAGAGUUGGAUAAAACCAACAGAUUUAUCAAGGAACUCUACAAGGAUGGAAAGCAUCUCAUCAAUGCCACAAAACAGCUUGUGUUGGCCCAGCGCAAGUUUGCCCAGUCCCUGGGAGAAUUCCAGUUUGAGUACAUCGGCGACGCGAAGACCGACGAUGAGAGGUGUAUUGAUGAAUCCUUGCAGGAGUUCUCCAACUUCCUUAAGAACCUGGAAGACCAAAGAGAGCUGAUGAUGAGGAAUAUUACAGAAACGCUAAUGAAACCGCUGGAGAAGUUCAGAAAAGAGCAACUGGGCUCAGCCAAGGCGGAAAGGAAGAAGUAUGAGAAGGAAACUGAGAAGUACUACAGCUCCUUGGAAAAGCUUUUGAACAUGUCAGCAAAGAAGAAGGAACCGCAGCUACAGGAGGCGGACAGCCAGGUGGAGACCAUUAGACAGCACUUCCAGGAGGAGUCUCUGGACUACGUGUGUAAACUGCAGGAGAUCCAGGAGAGGAAGAAGUUUGACUGUGUGGAGCCAAUGCUGGCGUUCUUUCAGACAGUGUUCACCUUCUACCACCAGGGAUUUGAGCUGGCCAAUGACUUUAACCACUACAAGAAAGCCUUACAGAUCAAUAUACAAAAUACACGGAGUCGGUUUGAGGGCACGCGGGUGGAGGUGUUUGAGCUGAUGAAGAGGAUAAGGGAGGUACCCCAGGAGUACAAACAGACCAGCCCCAUCAGCAGCGAAGGAUACCUCUACGUCCAGGAGAAACGGCCCCCUCCUUUUGGUUCCAGUUGGGUGAAGCGUUACUGCACGUUUGUGAAGGAACAGAAAAUCCUACACAUGGUCACCUUUGACCACAGGUCAGGAGGAAAGAUGGGCGAGACUGAGUCGGUCACCCUCAAGUCUUGUGUCCGCAAAACCACAGACAUGCUGGACAGGCGGUUCUGUCUCGAUAUAGAAAUCACAGACCGACCGGGAACGGUCCUCACGGUCCAGUCGCUGUCGGAAGAUGACCACAAGUUCUGGAUUCACGCCAUGGGUGGGAAAGAACCAGCUGGGCAGUACUUGGGUAAAACCUAUUCAAAACAACGUGGAAUCGAUGCACAGCUAAAUGACGUAGGAUUGUCAUUUGUGAAGAAUGCCAUCAAUGCCAUUGAGACGAGAGGUAUCAAUGACCAGGGCCUGUACAGAGUGGUAGGGGUCAGCUCCAAAGUCCAGAAGCUCCUUAGCCUAAUGAUUGAUGAGAGGAGUAACGAUGUGGAUCUGUCUACGUGUGAGGACUGGGAUGUGAAAACAAUCACCAGCACACUAAAGCUGUAUUUGAGGAGUCUUCCUGAGCCACUGAUGACCUAUGGACUCCACAAAGACUUUAUCGCCCCUGCAAAAGGUGGUAGUCCAGAGUCUCGUAGCCAAGCCAUCCACUGCCUGGUCCACAAGCUGCCUGAGAAGAACCGGCUGGUCCUGGGGCUACUGUUGAAACACCUGGCUACUGUGGCGGCCCACAGUAAGUUGAACCUGAUGACGGUGGCCAACCUGGGUGUGGUGUUUGGUCCCACCCUGAUGAGGCCCCAGGAGGAUACUGUGGCUGCCAUCAUGGACCUCAAGUUCCAGAACAUUGUGGUGGAGAUCCUCAUCGAGCAACACGAGAAGAUCUUUGGAGAUGUCCCAGGCCCGUCUUCCCCAGGGCUCUCCGCCCCCACCAGGCAGUCCAAGAAACUGUCUGUUCAACAGAACCGAUCCCUUGCCGUCUAUAACCCAAAGAAAGUGGACCUGCAGACAGUGUCACCGACGUCACCUGAUGUCGGUUCCAACUCGGAUGAGGCGUCGCUAGGCAGCAACGAGUCGGUGUCGUCCCAGUCGAACUCGGGGACGCCUCCGGAGAAGGCCAACCAUGGUCGCCUUCCCGCCAGCCUCGGCACAGACAGCCCAGGGGCCUGCAUCGCUGUAGCAGCCUCACGGCUCAACUCUGGAGCCCUGACCAAAACCAGUUCUGAUGGGGACAAGACCGUGGACGGUGUCACCGGUGGCGGCGGCAAAAGAGCCACGGCGGUGUACCCGUGCGAGGCCGAGCACGAAUCUGAGUUAUCCUUCCAGGUCGGAGCAAUAUUCAGCGCCGUGGCACCUUCCAGAGAACCUGGCUGGCUGGAAGGAGAGCUGGAGGGGAAGAAAGGCCUCAUCCCUGAAAACUAUGUGGAGAUGCUGUAGAAUAGCCUUGUCCCAGAGCUGUUUGUGCUGUAUACCGUUAUAUGGUCAUAGCCAUUACCAAACUGUGGAAGUUUGCUAUACAGCAAAACAUUGAAGUCCUGAUUAACAGAUCUUGGACCAGGCUAGUGGAAGAGGGGUCUCGUCAUCCCUAACAAUCUACAUCUAGAUGCUGUAUGCCAAAGGGUCGCCUGGCCUGCCACCAUCUGGCGGUAUCUAACCCAACUGUCACCUUAUACAUGGUAUCCAUGAAGUCGAUGUUGAGACACUCCCAUUCUCAAAUUCAUACUUUUUCUUAUGCCUUCAACUCUCGCGUUCCCUGCCCGGUGACUAUGCGUUCAUCAACUUUAAUGCAGAAUAAUGAUAAAUACCCCACAGCAAUGAUGUACAAUCUAUCUUGGAUAUAGGAAAGAAACAUUUUAAGGUGCCUUACAACACCAAGACAGAGUUGACAUGUAUUUACUGAAUGGGUAUGUUUGGAAAAUGCUAAAGAGUUGUGUUCCGUGAAGAAUGUCUGGAAUACUCUUCAAGAGGUGCUUUGGUAUAAUAUGAUGUAUUUAAUUGGCACAUGGAUUGCAUGUUUUAUUGUCUUACCCCAAAAAAUUUUUUUAAGUGUCCACCGUUGUGACUGACUGUACACUGACAUGCUGUAGAGGCAGUCAUAUUGGAAUGGUUCUCCUUCGAUCAAACCAUAGAAAUAUAAUUACUAGAACGGUUCUUGUAUGUCUAUGGUUCAGACACUCUUAGACUAGUUAUCGGGUCGUUUACACGUCAAAAAGCACAAGGAGUUCGACACCCACCAUCUCAGAUUGUGCUGAAAUCGUUUCUGUAGUUACAAACAUAAGAUUAGCAUUCCUGAAAUAUUAUUUUGUUGAAAUAUAAUUUGAGUAAGAAUUUAAGCUAAUUGAUUGCACCCAAAUUGGCCAUUUAAAAUAGGAUUUAAAUCUUCAAUAAAUUUCCUAACAUCAUUUGACCAUAGUUCUUCCCACCAAUGAGUAAGACAUGAGGAAUCCAAUAGCCACCCACAUACUCCUCCCCAAUUGCACCCCAACAACCAGUAUCAGUUCUGUCUAGCAAGUAGUAUGGAGCUGCGGCCUUGGAGUAUUGCAACUUCAUCCUAUGUAAAGUAUUUCCUGUGAAUCUGCUGCCUCCCCCCUCCCCCGUUCAGAGAAAUUAAAUAUUUCAAGUCGGCAGCAUUACCAUAAAUUAGUGAGUACCAGGUUUUGCCUACUAUAUGCCGCUGUUGCUGGUCUUUUGUGUUUGUUAAUUAACAUGGGUCACAAUUGGCAUGCAACUUUGGGUAGAAAAACCAAUAGCUUUUGCUCAUGAUGAAACUAAAUUGUGGCCAUCCUCAUAAUUCUAGCCAGUCCUCCAUGAUAACAAUUCCGGUUGUCCUUCUCUUAUGCUUAAUCUGUGUCCAAGGAAACAGCCCCUCUGUGGUUUAUUCCCUUUAAGAAAGGUCUGGAUUAGUUUUGCCAUUCCUGGUGAAUAAACAAACCAUUAGGCUACAGCAGUUCUAAUGGGUUCAAUGUUAUGCUCUUCAAUGGUAAGUCUCAAACACACACUAGUAUUUUUUUGGGUUUAAUGGUACAAGUUGCUAAUCACACAACAUAUAAAUAUAUUUUCAAAUAAUUAAGAAACACCACUGCCAUGCAAUAGUUUAUAAUUGUAUUGUUUUGUUAGGCUUUGUCACAUUUUAGUCACUAGCCCAUUCCUACAAGUUUUGUGCUUGUAGGAAAAGUUUUCAUGAGAAUUGCACCAUAGCUGUUGCCCACUCAGAGCUGCGAUUUGUUGGGUUGAAUCAUUAGGCUGCUAAGACAAAGACGAACUGAAUUGCUUUCAUGGAGGACUGUCUUGAUAUGUGAGGAUGACUACAAUUUGUUUUCAUCAUGAGCAGAAGCUUUUGGUUUUCUACCCAAAGUUGCCAAGAAAAUGUUGUGAUUCGUUUAAUAAACACGAGACCAGCAAUAUUUACAAAGGGGUGUGGCAGUAGUAGGAACAGCAACAUCAAGUUGACAACCUAGUACUUUCAGACUAAUAUUUGGUAAAUAAUACAAGUGAUUUCAAAUGGCAAAUUUCUCUGAACGGGAAAAAAAACCUGAUUCAGAGGUAAUAGAUUACAUAGAAUGAAGAGGCAAUACUCCAAGCCGCAGCUCCAUACUAGUUUGACAGAACUGAUACUGUAUAAUGACCAUUGGUUUGGGGGGGUCCUUGGGUGACUUUGGAUCAUUUUAUUGGAUUCCCCAUGUCUUGCUCAAUGAUGGGAAAACCUUUGGUCCAAAUUGGCUGUUUGGUACUAUAUUGAUUGCAUAUGUGAGUCUUGUAAAUUAGAAGGGACAAUUUGAGUGCGAUCAAUUAGCUUAAUUUCUCAGAUCAAAUAAAAUGUUGCAGGAUUGCUAAUUUUAUGUUUCAAAAUACAGAAAUGCCUAAAGGACAUAGAUAUUCUUUCCAACGUUCUAAUCAAUUAUUUAGGUGUGACUGAAUGUUCAACUCAAUGCAGCAAUGAUGUAUGGGAAUGUGCUAAACAAAGUGGGGUUUUAUUGAAAACCGGUUUUAUAGAUCCAUAUUCGACGAUGUUCAAAAUCUUUCUGAACAUAGUUCACAAAUUAGAUGCCGUUCACAUCUUAAUUUGUAUUAUUCUGUACCAAAUUGACUGACGAGACAAUAUUUUAUUAUUAUUACCACAACCACAAAUGCAGUAUUUUCCAAAUAUUAUUGUCUAUGGCUGUGUAUAUAGUUAUUUUAAAAUGCCAAGUACAUUCUAUUUUGAAGCCCUUUUUUAUUGGUUUCAUUUUGAGUGGUUUUUACAAUUGUAUGUGUACUAAACGCAUCACAAUACUUUUAUUCUAUUGCCGUUCAAAAAAGCCGGUUUCAUUUUUCUAAGAGUUUUUGUUCUCUCAUUUUGCAUUGCUUUUGAAGUAAUUUAAGACAGUGAUUCAUGACAUUUCUAAAGGUCUUGGCAUCCAUUUCAAUUUUGCAACAUUGGAUGUCCUCUUGAUCAAUGUUAAAUAAAUAAAGACAUUUUUAUUCUUUA